CCCUUUCUCUUUCUUCCCACCCAAACUCUUCAUCUUUUCUCUCUCUAAAAAAAAAAACACUCUUUUUUUCGACUUUUUCUUUUUUUUUCUUCAAUGGAGGAAACCACAAAGAAGCGAGUUCGAGACGACGACUCGUCUGAGUCGCCCGAGUGUAAGAUUCCCCGAGUUGACUCGUCCGAGUCUCAGCUCCACUCGGUCCUACACUCCGACGUGCAGCUUCAAGAUGACAUUUUUAACAUGCUUGAUGACGCCGACAAUGUGCCCGACCGUGACACCGUGCAGGGUCUCGACUCGGUCAUCAAAAGCUUCGAGGAUGAAAUCAAGGCUCCGGCUUUGGACCCGAGUGGCCUGAGUGACCCGACCCAGGUGCCUGACUUGCAGACUAAGCUUGGGUAUCUACUAGAAGCUUCUGACGACGAGCUGGGGUUGCCGCCGACUGAGGCUGCAGCUGAGGAACCGGGUCGGGUUGACCCGGCAUUGGUGGAGCUUGCCGGGUUUAAUGGGUUUGAUGAUUAUGUUCCGGGUUUUGACGCGUUUGGGUUUGGUUCUGGAUUCGCGAUGGCGGAGAGUGACGGUGGCGCUGGGGGUUUUGUCACCUUGGAUGGGUUGUUCGAUUAUGCGGAUUCGCCUGCGGAUGUUUUGUGGCGGUCGGAGUCGUUACAGGCUAUGUAAGUGGUGGCAGUAACGGCGGUGAAGGUGAAGGUGGUGGCGAAGUUUUGUGGUGGGGUAGUGAAAUGGUUCGUAGGGGUGGAAAUGUAAAUCUAGGAAAAUUUGGGGGUAUGGAGAGGAAAAAAAAAAGUAGCACAGAAAUGUAGGUUUAGAUGUGAAAAGUUGUAGGGUUAAGAUUUGUUUGUUGCUUCGUUUUUUUCUUGAUGAAUUCAAUUGAAACAAACUGGACUCUUUGACGACACCGUUUCAUUGUUUCAGUUUUGUUUUUUAAAAA